AUGUCCACGAUCAUGGCCUUUGCCGUGGAAAAGACCGUCACCCUCCCCGACGGACAGGUCAUUCACUGGAUCCGGCGAGAGGUGCAAGGCGAGAUUGCCUCGCCCCCGGCGCCUCCGCAGCACGACAAGCGCCUCCGCAAGGGCAGCCUGAGCGCCUUCAACUCGACUACGACGCCGCGUACUACCCGGGGGAUGCCGCUGGCGUCGCUGCCGGUGGUUGGCGGCGACCUGCAGCGCAACCUGCAGCUGCAGUACAAGCUCGAGGCCGGCAACUGGUGGCUCGCGGCGGCGUAUAUUCGCAAUAUUCUCAUCACGGGCACGGACGACAACGACGGCGACUAA